AUGGAUUCUUCAAAAGACACAACAACUCAAGAGAAGGCAGUCUCGACACAGCCCAAAAGAACCCUCUUCGUCAGAUCGCUUCCCGCCUCCGCGACGACAGAGAGCUUAACAGAGCACUUCUCGCAGUCCUACGUGCUCAAGCACGCCGUCGCCGUCUGCGAUCGCGAAACGAAGCAGUCGAAGGGAUAUGGAUUCGUGACGUUCGCCGAUGUGGAGGACGCGAAAGCCGCGUUGGAGGAGUUGAACGGGUCUACGAUGGACGGGAAAAAAAUCAGAGUCGACUACGCCCAGCCGCGAGACCGGACAAUCAACGAAACCGACGGCAAGAGUGCGCCGUCUUCUGCGGCGCUUGAGCUCAAGAAACAGAGGGAGGAUAAGAGAACGGGUGUUCCGCCCAAGUUGAUUGUGCGAAAUCUUCCGUGGAGCAUCAAGGAAGCGGAUGAUUUGGCCAUUCACUUCCGCAGUUUCGGCAAGAUUAAGUGGAUUAACUUGCCGAAGAAGGCGGGCAAGCUUGCUGGUUUUGCGUUUGUGGUUUUGCGAGGAAAGAAGAACGCUGAGAAGGCGCUCCAGGCAGUCAACGGAAAGGAGGUCGAUGGGAGAACCUUGGCUGUUGAUUGGGCGGUGGAGAAGGAAGUCUGGGAGGAGACACAAAAGGACGGUGAAGACGCGGCUGAAAAGGACGGUGACGACGCCAAGUCCGACGACGUGGAGAUGGCAGACGGUGAUAAGGAGGACGAAGCGGACUCGGACGAAGAGUCAGCUGGUGAAGGGGAGGACUCGGACGACGCCGACGAAGGCGAUCUCGACGAUCUCGAGUCCCUGAACGAAAUCAAAGAAGGUGGUGGGGACGAAGAGGAGCAGGAAGACGAGCGAAACGCCUCCACCAUCUUCCUCCGCAACCUGCCCUUCACAUGCACGGACGAGUCGCUCUACGAACACUUCAGCCAGUUCGGCCCCCUCAGAUACGCGCGCAUUGUGGUCGACCACGAAACCGAGCGUCCCCGCGGCACCGGGUUCGUCUGCUUCUGGAAGACCGAAGACUCCGCAGCGUGCGUGCGGGAUGCCCCGAAACAGCAGGAUCCCCAGGCCGCAGAGAAAGAGAAGGGGAAGAAGGCCGGCAGCGCACUGAAACACUCCGUCCUGCAGAACGAAAACGCCGACCCCAGUGGACUGUACACGAUGGACGGCCGCGUACUGCAAGUCAGCCGCGCGGUGAGCAAAACGCGCGCAAACCAGCUCGAAGACGAAGGCGCCUCGAAACGAUUCGCCCGCGACACCGACAAGCGCCGCCUUUACCUUCUGUCUGAGGGUACCAUGUCGGGCGACGCCGCUCGUUCGCAGAAGCUUCCGCCGAGCGAGAUCAAGAUGAGAGAGGAUAGCUCCAAGCAGCGGCAGAAUCUGAUCAAGCGGAACCCGUCUCUCCAUCUGAGUUUGACUCGUCUCUCGGUCCGCAAUCUCCCGCGUCACAUCACCUCGAAGGAUCUGAAACAGCUCGCCCGUCAGGCUAUCCCCGGGUUUGCUGAGGAUGCCAAGGCUGGUCUACGUCAGGCCCUGUCCAAGGCGGAGCUGCAGCGCCACGCGGGCGAAAUGAAGGCGGCAGAGACCUUGCGAAGAAGUAAGGGUCUGGGUGUGGUCCGUCAGGCUAAGAUCGUCUACGAAGGUCGCGACGGCAGCAAGAUCGACGAGGGCAGUGGAGCCGGGAGAAGUCGAGGCUACGGUUUCGUGGAAUACUACACCCAUCGACAUGCACUGAUGGGUCUCCGGUGGCUCAACGGCCACGCUGUCGACGUCCCGGCGACCAAUACGGAGGACGGCAAGGAUAAGAAAAAGCGCCUCAUCGUUGAGUUUGCCAUCGAGAACGCCAACGUGGUCAAGCGCCGCAAUGAGAUGCAGGAGAGAUCGCGCGCGCCCAAGAAGGAGAACCAGGACGGCGACGAUAAGCCGAACAGGAAGGACUCGAGGGCCAGGGGACCUCGCGGGCAGAAGCCUUCCGGGCAGAAGCCUUCGGAGCAGAAGCCUUCUGGGCAGAAGCGGAAGCGGACAGGAAAUGGCGGCAAUGGGGAAGAGAACGGCGGAAAGGAUGACGAGGAACAGAACAAGAUUGCGAAGCGCAACCGGAUCAUUUCCAAGAAGAGGAUGCAACGGAGAUCGCGGAAGUGA